AGAGGGUAAAAAAGUUUGCGGAAACCGGAAAAUCUUUUAAAGGCAUCUCGCGCGCAUGAGUUCGGCGGCUGUGAUCUGUCGGGCCGCGCGCCUGCUCGCGCUCGUGCUCGUGUGCUCGUCGCUGGUCAGUGCGCGUGGUGCUCAGGUGCGAGCCGACAAACCGCCGCGUGCUACAAACACGCGCCGAGACUCAGAUUUGUUCUGCCAGGAGAAGGUCGUCAUGGUGACCGCAGGCGGACAGAUCCAGAGCCCAAGGUACCCAAACGCCUACCCACGCAACCUCCUGCUGUCUUGGAAACUGCAGGCCCCGCCCUUCACACGGGUUGUGUUGGAGUUUGAUGUGAGGUUCGGUUUGGAGGAGCCUGAGAACAGCAUGUGCAGACACGAUUUUGUGGAGGUUGACGACAUUUCAGAAAGCAGCACCAUCACUUGGGGUCGCUGGUGUGGACGGAAAGUCCCGAGUCCCAUCACCUCCAUUAACAACGUCAUCAGAAUCACCUUCAAAUCUGAUGACUCCUUCGUCGCAAAACCGGGAUUCAAACUUUGCUACUCGCUGCUGAUUGAUGCUCCGCUGUCUUAUCUGAAUAACUUGGAGGCUGUCACAGUUGCAUCGAAUGCCGUGUCUGCCUCUAACGCCCCGUUAUCAGCCGAUGCUUUGGAUGAUAUCAUUGCGGGAUUCAGUACAGUGGAGGAGGUCCUUAGACACCUGAAUCCACAGACCUGGAGACAGGACCUGAAUUCCAUCUACACACAAACACACCAGUACAUCAUACCAAGGAGCUUUCACGCCAGCCGAGUAAACAAACUUGAUUUAGAUCGUCUGCACGAGGACGUCAGGCUGUACAGCUGCACACCGCGCAAUUUCUCCGUUAAUCUGCGGGAGGAACUGAAAACCACCAAUGCCGUGUUUUUCCCACGAUGCAUCUUGGUGAAACGCUGCGGUGGGAACUGUGCCUGUGGGACAGAACAUUGGAACUCGUGCACCUGUAGCUCUGCCAAAACAGUCAGCAAGCUACAUGAGGUGCUAAAGUUCUCUCCAGGACCAAAUUACUACAAAAUGAAAACCAAAGCACGUUGGACUCUGGCGGAAAUCAAGCUGCAGCAUCAUGAGCAAUGCGAGUGUGUGUGUCCCUCACGGCCACCUCGAUGAGAGACAAUCUCACACACACACACACACACACACACACACACACACACACACACACACACACACACACACACACAUCCACUCAGUAUUUCAGACAAUAAUCGAUGUAGCUUUAAGUAUCUUGCUCUUUGUCUGUAAUUUUGUACUUUUUAUCCGUCUUCAUGCACACUGUUAUUUAUUUCUCUUUUAUUUUAAGACGGUCUUUCUCUCUCUCUCUCUCUCUCACACACACACACACACACACACACACACACACACACACACACACACACACACACACAUUCCAGUCUCCUGGGUUCAGUUUAAGCCAGAGGAGUGUGUUUUUACUCCUUAUCCAAAACAGUACAUUCCUCUCAUACCAGCCCUUCCUCAUUAACACACACACACACACACACACACACACACACACACACACACACACACACACACACACUGCUGAAUGUAUGAUUGCUGUAGCUCUGUGUGUGAGACUUUGGGUUCAUUUAGCUUUAAAGCGCUCAGAUUCAAUAAUUUCCCGUUUCGUUUGUCUUAAAAACACAAAUAAACAACCAGAUUUUGGA